GAAGGACGCCAGCGCAUCAUCACCUCAAUGCACCGCGGCACUGUUUUUAACACCGCCUUUCGAUACUAUCGAAAAAAUGGCGGCCGCAAUCGAAGGAGGAACCGGGUCAGUGGCUGCGCCAAGUGUAGUGGCACGACAGGAGUCCAAUACAAGCCACUGCAAUGCGCGACGCAAGACCGACGGCGCCUUGUUGGUAAAAGAAAAAUUGGAUUUCCUUCGAAGAGAAAUUUCAACUUUCGGCUAAGUAGUUAGUCAUAGUGAUAGUCUGGACAGCAAACGGUUUUUCUCACGCUUUGAAUUUUUACAGGAGAGCGUCGAUGAUCAUCAUGAUUAUGUCAGUAAAAGCAGCUAUGAUCAAGGGUGAAACGACGCGUAACAAGGGUAAGCGUAAAACGGCCAAGGACCACGAGGUCGAUUUUAUAUUUUCAGUACCUUUCUAGUUCAAUCUAUCACCAUUUUCUACAACUCUAGCCGCCCGUCGUUGGCGAUCCGGACGGCGUGCAAAAACAAGUGACUGGCAUAGAGACCCGAGUUGCGCUCCAGGUAUGGAUGAUGUUUUUUCUCCCAUCUUUUCCCAGACCAUCUAGGUGAGUGCCCAUUUUCUUGUUGGAAGUGUAUCUAUGUAUAAGUAAGUAGAUUAAUAAAGGCGCCCGGGCCUCGAUGGUUGGCCUCCAAGAACAUCAUUCAUACCAGGGCGCUCUCAAAGCAGCGGGGAUGGACUCAGCAGCAGAAGAGGACCUAAAUUUAAGCACCAUGAUUUAACAAUUCAUCUUCACAGACUCCACCCAGAUUCCUUGUUUUAACGUGGUGGUUACCUAGGUUGCUUCUGCGGAGUUGGAUAAUUUCGAGUAAUGCUGUUCUAGAGCAUACAUUAUAUAUACUUGUUUCAGUUUUGGUUUUCUCCUUGGAUUCUGUUUCUGAGAGUAGGAUCCUACGACUUUCCUCGAGCGCUAACGCGUAAUUCUGCGGAGCAGGAGCUGGAGGCGCAACAUGUGAAUAUGUCGGUAAUUUAAAUUCUAGUCACGUGUUUUGGAUUUUUCCCAUUGUCUCUUCUGAGCUUCUUGUGUGUCAAUCUGUCCUUCAACGAUCUUUAUCAUCUUAGUCGCGAAGUAUUACAGAUACUAAGUAGACAACACAAGUGCAAUUCAUCUUCCCACAACCUCCAUCUGACAGGAGCAACUGCGUUCGCAAAGCUGGACAUUUCUGUUUGUCAUAGCUCUAGGAAGUUUAGUCGGAGCGGUGAACGUGCUUUUUCACAAGAUGGUGAGUAAGGGAACGGGCAUCCUAGAGGCGGCUGGUGAAGGCAUGGAUCCCAACAAGAGAUGGGUUUUUGCCUUAAGUCGACUGGUUUUCAAGGAGCUUUCUCCUGGUCAUAUGCAUCUCAUUUCAUGUCGUUCUUGUUAAAGUAAAAGUACCUCUACGUCUUCUACAUCGGUAAUUAGAUUUAACUCGUCUGCGUAUGUAGUCUCGUGCGUAUGUAGUCUCGUACUAUUGACUUCGCUCAUCCUUUAAUGUGAUGUAAACGCUGGAGGUGUGGAUAAGUGUAGCUGUAGUUUUUUAUCCUCGCGCUUCAUUUUGAUACGAGUACAGCUAUCGAAGUGGAAAUACUGGUACUACGUGAAGAAGAAGAUGCUCCUGCUUGUACUCAAAAACUGAACAUAAGCGAGUAGCUAACUUAAAUAGCCGAGUAUCUGAGAAGAUCAUGAUCACUCUCUUCAGUUUUUACAACUCGCUUAUUUCAUUUUCAGUUUUUCCAAUAACUUAAACUUUUGGUUUCUGACUUUUUGAAUAAUAGCUCUAAUCACCACUUACCGAGUCCUAGUUGCGGUGGCUGGGGCGUCAGUGGUAGGAUGGCUCACGCGCAACAUCGUACCUGAAUGUCUAGGAGGUGGCACCAUUGCAACGAAAAUAUCACUAGCAAUCGGGUCUCCAAUACCAUUCCGAGUGGGUCUUGCGAGACUUCUGUUUAUGGGCCUUGCUCAAAGUUCGUAGGAAGAUUUUAUCAACAUCCAGGCUACGGUUGUCAGAGUCAGUUGGGACUUACUAAAUACUUACACUAUUUAGAAAUACAUAGGAAAAAAAUUAUCUUUAUCACUCAGGCUACAUGCCUAGUAGUGAUUGGGAGAAGAACUGUUACUGAUUAUUUGGUUCAUCUUGAUUUGGCCUACGCCUAGUAUGGCCUAGUCCUCUUGGACACAUGUAGGACUGCAGAACUAGAAGUGUUAGAACCACCAGUAUGAUCAUGACAAAGACAAUUCUCAUUAUGCAGGGUUAGCGACAUUAAGCAACCUACAAUCUAGUUCUUCCAUCAUCAUUGUGCACGACCUUGACGCGCUCUAAUUUCCUAAGUAGUCCUUAUAUCUAUGUAAGUAGAAUCAUGCUGAUCUGCUAAAAUCUGCACCACGCUGAUGUAAAUCAUUUACGAUUCUACUCGUACAUCAAAGACAAUUCUCGGUCUCCACAACUUUGACGAGAUCUAAUUUCCUAAGUAGCCUUUACGUAGCCAGCGGGAAUCCUCUCGGAAUUGAGGCGCCGACAAUCCAUUUGAGUGCCGCUGUGGCGUCUACUCUACAUAUUACGGCAUCUACUCUACAUAUCAGCUUAGGGUGACUACUUGAGACGCGAGUGAAUGAAUGAGGCAUCCUCAGCGUCAGCAUCAUCCGUAGGGCUUUUUCUAUUUGAAAAAGAAGAAUCCAAGGCUGUGACUGUCAGGGAAGAUGCUAACGCGGUAGCUCUAAACAUAGCAUAAGCGGCAUCGAAGCUGUGUGUAAUUUCCAGCUUCCCUUGUGCAUGGUGCUGGGGUGCUGUGGCGGUCUCAGUGCAGCAUUUAACUCGCCUCUGAGUGGUACUCACGUCUAAGUUCAGAAAAGUUACUUAAUUUUCGAGGACAACUUGAUCAUGAUGUUAAUAAAUAAUGAAGAUUAUUUUUUUGGUUAUGGUUUACUCGAAAACUACAACAUUGAUUUCAUCAAAUGAAAUAGUUGUACUACGUACCAUUUUGCAAUCACCAUAAUCUAUCAAAUCAUUGCUCAGGGAUAGUAUUUGCGAUCGAAGAAUACAUGGACAUACGGCAGGAAGGUAUGGUGACCGCCUUAGUGCUAUUAUCGUCCUUCUUUUCCUCAUUGCUAACACGGUUGACGAUUGAAGGGCCGAUGUUUCCAAUCGAAGGCAGAUUUCUCGACUCCUACGAAACGAUUCCGUGGCGCACGCUCCUCACUGCA